CACAUACUUGUUACACCAGCCAAUAGUCUCCUCAUACUACGUAAGAUUCUCUAUGACAAAUUCAAAGUUGCGCGAGGAGAAACGAGUGGCACUUGCGAUGUCGUUAGACCCAUCGCAUGGUAUGGCAUUCUGCGCUCAAGACCCCGCAACCGCUACGCGAAGCAGCUUCACGCCCGAAUAGAGAUUAGACGUACA